AUGAAUUACUUUCCUAUUUAUAAGUUUUUGAAAUCUAAAAACAAAUUAGAUGAGAAUAUCCUUGAAGUGUUGAACGUGAAAGAGUUUCACGAAGCGACCGAUGGUGUAUUGGAAUUUUUCGAGCAACCCAAGCAAAUUCCAUUGUUUUUGCUUGAGGUCUCAGAAGGUCCUAAUAAUCCGGACCUGGAUAAGGUUAAUGGAGACAGAAAGAAGUUGAUGGAUGAGGGUGUUUUUGCUCUUAAUAAGUUUAUGAUAAGUACCGAGUUAGCAAUAUGGAAAGUGUGUGAAACAUUGAAUGUUUUCCUGGCCCAAGGAUUUGCUGAUAAAAUCGAAAUUGGCCAAUUGAUAUUUAUUGGACCCGGCUUGUACUUAUUUUCACCAUUUACAAUUCCAGCUCCUACUAUCCCAACUUCCUUUAUCAAUUUAGAACAUGCACCUAGACUUUGGUAUAAGGAAUUCUCAAAGGAAGGACAGCGACUUAUUGCAAAACCUAAAACUAAAUACGCAACUGGAUUCACACCAGAUCGGCCAAAAGCUGUGAGAUUUGAAAAUUUUUUGCCCAAAAUCUCAAAAGAAACAAAUAGGGGAAGGGGAAGGGGAAGUAUGAGAGGUCGUGGUAAGGGAGUAUAG